AAAGAAGUGGUCGUUAGAGGGAUGUACGUGCUGUUUUGAAGGAUUACAGCUUCAAACGAGACGCAACUUUGUCGCGAGUGAGCGUGAGGAGCCCAAGCUACGACAUUUGGCAGCUGUUCGCAACAGACUCGUGUUGUAAAGCACGUCUGACUACUUCCUGUUGUCUCCAUGGAGAUUGAAGCGGGACCACCGAUUGCUCACAGCUUCAUCAUCAAAGUCCAAGUGGAGACCGCUGUCGAGGACCACAACCAGCCAACCUUUUUAGCGCCAGUGCCGGACUGCGACGGCAUGGAAGAACCUUUGAGGAGCGAUGGAAACUUUGAAGACAUCCAGCAGUUUACAGGUCGUCAAGGAGAGCCUCUCCUUCAGCCACAGUUGAGGAGGUCCAGCUUGGAGUCGGCGGAUUCGCUUCCACGCCAUGUUAAAGAGGAAGCGGGAGAUACAAAGCCUCGCCACAUUAAGAGCGAAGAGGAGGACGCAGAGCACGCCCGUGUUAAAGAGGAAGAGGAAGAAUUGGAUGUCAGCGAAUUGCCACUGACUGGUGUCUCCAUCAAAAAGGAGGAUGAUGGAGAUAGAUCACCCGAGUGGACACAGCUUCAUCAUCAGAGUCCAAAUGGAGACCACGAUGGAGGCCCGCCACCAGACAACCUCUUAGCGCCGCUGUCUGACACCGAUGACGUGGAUGAACCCUUGAGCGGCAGCCAAGACUGUGAAGGGGGCGACAAACAGUUGGAACGCUCCGAAAAGAAAACAAACGGGAGACAUCACCCCCGCGAUGAAGAUUUCAGCUGCUCCGUUUGUGGCAAAAUGUUUACCCGAAAGCCGAACGUGGUCGCGCACAUGAGAAUACACACGGGGGAAAAACCCUUCAGUUGCUCAAUUUGCGGGAAAGCGUUCACUCUCAAAGACGGCAUGGUGAAACACAUGAGGACGCACACCAGGGAAAAACCUUUCGGUUGCUUGUUGUGCGCUAAAACGUUCCACCAAAGGGGUCAUCUGGACUCACAUAUGAAAAUACACAACAUCGAAAAACCCUUUCGUUGUUCAACUUGCGGCAAAACAUAUCACCAUAAGAUAAGUAUGGAGUCACACAUGAGAACACACACGGGAGAAAAACCUUUUGUCUGCUCCUUGUGUAAUAAAACAUUUAAUCAAAGGGGACAUCUGGGGUCUCACAUGAAAACACACAUCGGGGAAAAACCAUUUCGUUGCUCGGUCUGCGGUUCUGGGUUCUCUCGAAAGGAAUCGGUGAAGUCUCACAUGAUAAUCCAUACGGGAGAAAAACCCUUCAGUUGCUCGUUGUGCGGCAAAACGUUCUUUUUUAAGCAAAACUGGAGGGCGCACAUGAAAACGCACACAGAAGAGAAACCGUUCAGUUGCUUAUUUUGCAACAAAACAUUCUAUCAAAGGGGACAUCUGGAAUCUCACGUGAGAACACACACAGGAGAAAAACCCUUUUGUUGCUCAGUUUGCGAUGGAACUUAUGCUCACCGGAGCAGUUUGGCGGCACACAUGCGGACACAUGACAAAGGCAGAAUUAAUGCUUUAAGUUAAACCACGUACUAAUAUUAUUUUUAUUUUCUCAAAAACUGUAACUUCCAUUGGUUUGGUUUCUACAGCCCAUUUGUGUCAAAUGUUGUUACAUUUGUGCCGAACAUUGACAGUAAAGGUUUCAUUUUUGCUUCCUGUUCAAUCUGUAUGCAUGUAUCGUUUUGUUUUCAAUUGCUCUGCCGGCAAAAUUGAUUGCAAUUUGCGUGUUUUGUCUUUGAUUAUGAUUAUGGACCAGAUCUUCUCCGCUGCCAACAGCUGCGCGUCUCCAGAAUGCUUCCGUUUCCAGUCCCGGCCGACUGGGAACGCUUCAGACCGAUGCGUUUUGACAAUGUCGAGUGCCGCAAGGUACGUCAACAGCUUCCGGUUGUCGUCAAUUGACCCCUCCGUACAGGGCACUUAACCACGCCUCCUGAAGUAACGUCACGCCACGUGCGCUAACGUCAGACAAACAAUUAGCAAAAAUGGAGGGGCAGGAAGAAAAGACUAGAGCGAAAUUGUCCGAUUUACCGGCUGAUUUCUCACUCGCAUUCUUAGCUAACAGUGAAAAAUCGUUGAAAAGCAGACAGCAGGGCUUCAAGUAUUUCAGCGAGGAGUAUUUCAAUGGUAUUUACAUGCAUAUCGACGGAGAAACCAUUGAUAUUCGCGCGAGAUCUUUCCGGAGUCAGAGGAAGACCGAGAAGCCACAUAAUAUAAUAUAUUAUAACCCAAAGGCGAAUUCGUCGUUGACAGUUUCCUAUUUUCGUGUUACUUAUCACACUUGUGUGCAGAAUCUGUAUAUGUGUCUGUAUAGCCGUUGGUGAACCGCCGUAUGAAGGAAAAGAAGAACGCGAGGCUUGAUUUACGAGUUGUUUCUCUCGUUUUCUUUAUGUAACGUCACGCGCUCCCCUCAAUAAUUAUUCUUGAAUUAGUGCCGAACCUACGCAAGUCCCGACCGAGUACGACAAUCACUACAUUAGUGUCCUCAAACAUCCUUCCUUCAGUCUUGGUGUCUCGGUGCACGUCGAAGGCUUUUAGCCAGAUUCCAGACCUAAACCCAAUAGAAAAUCCUUGACGGGAGCUGAAACUCCGUGUUUCUCAGCGACAGCCCAGAAACCUGUCUGAUCGAGAGAAGAUCUGUGCGUGGAGGAGUGGGCCAAAAUCCCUCCUGCGGUGUGUGCAAACCCGGUGAACAACCACAGGAAACGUUUGACCUCUGUCAUUGCAAACAAAGGCUACUGUACCAAAUAUUAACAAUGGUUUUCUCAGGUGUUCAAAUACUUAUUUGCAGCUGUAUCACACAUAUAAAUCAUUAAAAAUCAUAAAUUGUGAUUUCUGGAUUAUCUUUCUCUCACCGUGGACAUGCACCUACAAUGAAAAUUUCAGACCCCUCCAUGAUUUCUAAGUGGGAGAACUUGCAACAUAGCAGGGAGUUCAAAUACUUAUUUUCUUCACUGUAAGAGAGACCAGGUGUGGAAGCGCACUAUUAUUUUGAAAGCACGUGCUCUGGCAUUCUUUCCCUGAUGGAAGGAAUCGGGCGUUUAAAAAUGUUCAUGGUAAGGGGGAAAUGCAGUUGAACUCCACAGGAAGUAGGUGGCCCGUUUUAUUUUGAAGCCACAUUCAUCGGGCGGUGCGACGAGAUCACUUCCUGUUGUGUUUCUGGUUGCUAAGUGUAAGGUGGGCGCGUUGGUCUUUGCAUAUUUUCAUUGAUGUGUUGUCAAAGGUAAAUAUAAAUUAGUUUAAAAUGUCAGCAAAGCGGGUGUAGUUACAGUGGCGCGGUGUUGAAUGUGUUUUAUUCAUUUCAAACAUAAACUCGUUAGCUGGAGAAGGGGAGAUUAGUGAAACCGUUGCAUAUUAUGUCAUAUUCAAAUAUAUACGCGUUCUGAUUUUCUGUCUGUUUUAACAACAAAUUCACUUUCUACGGCAACGAGUUUUGCUCUCACUUUUAGCAAAACAGAAACCUUUCGUGUCAAGUGUUGCACAACCUUAAUCUAAAUAAAAAUGUACAAAUGAAGGGAAAGUAUUGAUGUG